CCUGGGAGCCACGGUUUCCUCGCUUUUGCAGUGUUAACGCAGUUUAGGGAAGUAGGAUUGCCGCCUACCCCAGCUGGAGGAACUAGAAAGCGGGUGGCUGGGAGACGCUGUGGAGCAGCGAGAAUGGCCGGGAGAGGAAGGGGGCUGGUUUCUGGGCGGUGCCAAGUCUGAAACGGGGCGAGGUUACCGCCGAGCCUUCCCGCGGAGGCUGUAGAGGCCACGUCCCACUACCCCAGGGUGAAGAGGCAGCCCCGGGUUUGUCAUUCUCAGGACCUCCAGACAUGUCUGAGGUGAAGAGCCGGAAGAGGUCGGCGCCCAAGGGAGCCCCAGCGGAGCCUGGGAAGCGAAGCGAGGGCGGGAAGAGCCCCGAGGGUCGGGGCGGUGGAGGCGGGGGCUGGGCGGACCCCCGGACCGGCGUGAGCCUUCUGUCGCUGGGGACGUGCCUGGGCCUAGCCUGGUUUGUAUUUCAGCAGUCGGAAAAGUUUGCAAAGGUGGAAAACCAAUACCAGUUACUGAAAAUGGAAACCAACGAAUUCCAAGGGCUUCAAAGUAAAAUCAGUUUAAUUUCAGAAAAGCUUGCAACUACUGAAAGUAUCCUGCAGGAAGCUACAUCAUCCAUGUCUUUGGUGACCCAGUUUGAGCAGGAAGUAUCCAGCCUCCAAAGUAUCAUGUAUGACAUUCAGAAUAGUGAAGAGAUGCUCACUCAAAAGAUGCAAAGCCUUAAUGAGAAAUUCCAGAACGUUACAGAUUUCUGGAAGAGAAGCCUAGAAGAAAUGAAUGUUAAUACAGACAUUUUCAAAUCAGAAUCAAAACAUAUACAUUCUCAAGUUACUGCCCAAAUUAACUCAGCUGAACAAGAAAUAAAAUUGCUCACUGAGAGGCUAAAAGAUUUGGAAGAUAGCACAGUAAGAAAUAUUAGAACUAUAAAAAGACAAGAAGAGGAGGAUCUUCUGCGUGUAGAGGAGCAGCUUGGCUCCGACACAAAAGCACUUGAAAAGUUAGAAGAGGAACAACAUGCUCUCUUUGCCAGAGAUGAAGACCUGACUAAUAAACUUUCCAGCUACGAACCCAAAGCUGAAGAAUGCAAGACGCAGUUGCCAACAAUUGAAAGUGCUAUUCGCUCUGUUCUCAGAGUCUCUCAGGAUCUGAUAGGGACAGAAAAAAAAAUGGAAGACUUGACUCUUCAGAUGUUUAAUAUGGAAGACGAUAUGCUGAAAGCAGUGUCUGAAAUAAUGGAGAUGCAGAAAACCCUUGAAGAAAUUCAGUAUGAUAAUAGCAUAUUAAAGAUGCAGAAUGAACUGGAUGUUCUAAAAGGAAAAGUUCAUGAUUUUAUAGUAUAUUCAAGUACAAGAGAAAAGGGGACUCCAGAAGAAUAUAAUCUAGAAAAUAAAGGAAUUGAUAGUGAUUUUUGAACGCACUACAUUUAUCCUGAUGAACCACAUUAUUAUACAUAAACUGAUUAGUCCCAUGCUUUUGAGUUAUUUUGAUAUGCCUCACUUUACCCUACAUUAUUGGAAAAUAAGUGAGGUGUCCACACAAAUGUGUUAUCCAGAGAGUCAAAGCUUAUCUUUUUAAGCAAUAAAACUUAUUUCAUUUUCACCAUUUUAAAUAGAAACAUUUCUAAAAUAUAUAUUUCUCUACUUUUUUGAAGCAAUAUACUUAAUAUUUUUUAAUGUUUUUCUAAUAAUUAAUGGACAUUAUUGUGAAUUUUAUCUGUCAUAUUGGACCCAAAUAUAUUAAUGUCCCUAGGAGCUAUUGAGGGGUGUUUACCUCCUCACUCGACCCCAGUUUGCUAUUUUUCAAACCUUCUGUCUAUUUCUUAUACCUUUUUUUUUUUUUUUUUUUUGCGGUACGCGGGCCUCUCCCUAUUGUGGCCUCUCCCGUUGCGGAGCACAGGCUCCAGACGCGCAGGCCCAGCGGCCAUGGCUCACGGGCCCAACUGCUCCGCGGCACGCGGGAUCCUCCCGGACCGGGGCACGAACCCGCGUCCCCCGCAUCGGCAGGCGGACUCCCAACCACUGCGCCACCAGGGAACCCCAUCUUAUACCUUUUCUGUUACCUGAAAAGGUGACCCACUGACCUGAUCUUACUGUCAGGUUGAUCAGUGAUGUUUUCACCUCAGCCAGUUUUUCAUUUCCUUUGCAAUUUACUGCAGGCUAAGAAUCCAGACAACCAAGUUCAUAGGAAUUUUGUCUAAAAUAAAAGAUAACAUGCCUGAGGGAGAGCCUGGAAUGCUUUGCUAUGAAUUAAUAUGCACUUUUUGAAAACUAUGGAGACUGGGAAAUAUUUUUACUUUUUGUUAAGGUUCUAAACUGUUAUAGAUACUUGUAAGAAAUUUUUUUUAAAGAAUAAAUGUGUUCUUUUUGAAAGUUUUCCCUAUGAAUUAAGUGUGCAUCCUGUGAAGUAUGGACUUUGGGAAUAUCUUUGUAUACCUGGGCGUUUUUUGUUUUGUUUUUUUUUAAGGUUCUGUGUUACAGACUCUUGUGUUUGCUAGGUACAUGAUCUCUAGAUAAAUUAUUCUACUUACAAUAAAAAUACACUAAUAAGCCUGUGGCCUAUUUUAAAGAAGAAAAAGCAGCAUAAUGAGAUACGAUGUGAUAAUUAUGGUAAUAAAAUAUGUCAUUAUUUUAGAGUCCCCAAACUAAUUACCCAACCAAAUUUGUUUUACAUAGUGAUUUUAUUUUACACAAAAUUAUAUAAUAGAGUCAAGAAUAAGACAUGGACAUAUUGAGAUGAAAUUAAGGGGAGGUCUAGACAGAUUUUUGCAAUAAUGAUAAUCGGAAAUGUACAAGUUUGGGGAAGCACAUAACACUUUUAUUGGUAAACUGAUGUAUCAAGGGUGUCCAAGGUUGGUGUUGAAAAAACUGAGUUAACUGCAUUUGAAAGUACUGUUCUAACAACAUGUUUCUUCUUGCCAAUAACCAACUAUAGUCCCAGUUUUAUAAUGCAAUUUCAGUGGAAUUAAACACAAAGAACUUGAAAGAAGUCAGUUACAAAAGGUAGUUGUGGUCAGGUGGUUUUAUUAUGUAAAUCUGUACAUUUUUUGAAAAAUCCCAAAUAAGUUCUACUUUGGGGUUAGGAAGGCCUAUGGUAGACAGCCAUGGGUCAUAGGCAUAGCAUUAAUUUUUAGAAUAUUAACAUUAAAUUUCUUGACUUCUGAAUAUGUAAAUUCUUGUCUGUGUGCAUUAACAAAAUUGUAUUUGUUUGCUUUUAUUUUCACGCUAAUAAAAUAGAUUAUAAAGUUAA